CGAGCGCGGCGGUCGCAGCUGAAGUCCACCGUACGUUCCGCCUCACGUACUUCGGGGUGCGAAGUUUCUCGUGAACUUUUAGUGCUAGUGUUUGUGGGGUGUGUUUUCGAAAAUGGAACUUUUGUGGUGAUAGUCGGCGUUCCCGCUCGGACGAUGUUUGGCCUCAUUUUGUUUUCUAUGAGCAUUUUACUAACAAGAGUAAUAUCAGAUGUACCAACGCGGCUGGGUCCCGUGUUCGUGGAGGAGCCCCCAGCGGCAGUGCGUUUUGCUGCAUCAUCUGGUGGCCGCGUACACUGCGCGGCGCGAGGGCAGCCGUCGCCGCGCGUCGCGUGGUACGCCGACGAUGGAUCGCCCAUUGUGGACGUACCUGGGAUCAGAAGGGUAUACAGCAACGGUACCUUGGAGGUGUUCCCGUCAUCAGCGUACCGCGACGAGACCACCUUGAUCCGCUGCCGAGCCACCAACGCGCACGGGACUAUAGUCUCUAGGGACGUGCUACUGCAACCAGUGGCGGAUGUAAACUGGGAAGUGACGUUAACGGCGGAGGCGGCAGUGGCUGGUGGCGUCGCGGCGCUGCAGUGUCGCGCUGGUGCCGCGCCCGCGACACCCGCACUGUGGUACAGAGGCGACAGGGUGCUGCAUGUCGAUCCUCCCACACCAGAAUCCCGCUACCUGGUAGCUGGCAACACGCUGCUGAUACGGGAUGUCUCAACCACCGACGCUGGAGCAUACAGCUGCCUCGCGCGUCAUCACCUCACCGCGCUCACGAAACGGUCCUCACCUGCGCAUCUCACUGUGUUGCCGAGCUCGAUGAGUUCAGCGCCGCAGCUGGUGGCGACGGCAGGCGAGGUGGCGGUGGCUGCAGGCUCGCAGUUCUGCGUACCGUGCGUCGCGCCAGACUACCCUGCGCCGCAGUACACUUGGUACCGCGAGAAGGACGGGCGGCUACAACCAGUGGAACCCUCAGCCGGUGCAUGGCUGUGGUCGGGCGGCGCGGCGCUCUGCUUCGCCCGCAGCAGCGGCGACAUCACCGGCGCCUGGCUGUGUAAGGCGUACAACGUGUUCGGUGACGCGACCGCCCAGCUACGGAUUGAUGUGGAGGAUACGUUCUCUGUUACCGUCAGCCCUAUUGUUGUGGUUGCGGAAGCCGGCAGCACCGUCCAGUUCAACUGCAGCAGCAGCGCCGCAGCAGCACUCCGCUGGCUGCACGACGGUACUCCGCUAUCCGCCGGCGACACAUUAGAAUUACGGCGCGUAUCGCGCGCGCACGCCGGUGCGUACCAGUGCGUCGCGCGCCGCGGACGACGGCAGGAACAGGCGUCUGCGGAACUUAGACUUGGAGACUCGCCUCCGGAGCUACAAUACACGUUCAUCGAGCAAGCGUUGCGAGCGGGCGCGUCAGUGGCGCUGCGGUGUGCGGCGCUCGCGCAGCCGCCGCCGCACAUCAAGUGGCUGCUGGACGGACAACCGGUGGACCACUAUUUGGCACAUCACAGGUUCAGCAUCAGCGAAGAGUCAUCUCCCCAGGGUGAGGUGGUGUCGGUGCUGAACGUGACGGCGGCGACGGCGGGCGACGGUGGUCUGUACACCUGCCGCGCCUCCAACCCCCUCGGCGCCAUCGAACACUCCGCCAGGCUUAAUAUCUACGGUCCACCCUCUAUCCGACCAAUGGGCAUCGUGCGCGCGGUCGCCGGAGACAACUUCACCCUGCACUGCCCCUACGCUGGAUAUCCGAUCAGUUCAGUGACGUGGCGUCGUCGCGGCGGCGCAGCGCUGGGCGGGGAGGACGCACGAGCGGGCGCACGCGGCGCCGCGCUGCGACUGUGGCCUGCGCGUGCGCACGAUGCAGGUCAUUAUACGUGCAGCGCCGCUGCGCCGUCGCAUCCUACAGCGCAUCGGGAUGUCGAGAUACAAGUUCGAAAUCCACCAAAGAUAUCACCGUUCAUGUUCUCAUCGGAACUGACGGAGGGCAGCUCUGUGCAAGUGCUGUGCGGGGUUUCUUCGGGCGACAAGCCAAUGUACUUCUCCUGGCUGAAGGACGGUGCGCCGCUUCCACCUAACUUACAGAUUGAAGAGAAAAGCCUGAACGAGUUCUCUCUGCUGAUGUUUCCGGAGCUAGCUGCGAGACACAGCGGUGCCUACACCUGCCGCGUCGCCAACCACGCCGCCGCUGUCGACUACACUGCGACGCUUAGUGUUAAAGUUGCACCUUCGUGGGUGACCGAGCCGUUAGAUGCUGCAGUGCUAGUGGGUGCACCAUUACGACUGACAUGUGCCGCGCGUGGACAUCCAUCUCCCACCGUCACGUGGUAUCGGAAAACUGAGGGUGACGGUCUGGAAGGCAUGGACAACUCGGAAAAAUGGGAAGUGGCGACCUUCUCCUCCGAGUGGGGAAGCAAUGGCGAAGGAGUGACGUCAUCCAGUGGAGCGGGGAGCAGUGUGAUAAGCGCCCCAGCGGCGACGCGUGCGCUGGCCGGCCGGUAUAGAUGUUCAGCUGACAACGGCGUAGGAGCGGCCCUUGUGAAGCACGUUAAUGUUUCAGUGCAUGAACCCGCCCACUUCGAGCCGCUCAGCGACGCGGUACGCAACGUGUCGAGCGUGCGCGGGCGCAGCGUGGUGCUGUCGUGUCUGGCGAUGGGUGACCCUCCCCUUACGGUACACUGGACGCAUAGAGGAAACAAACUUGACUUGGAUUCCUUCAGAUGGUCAGUAUCGGAGCUGCGCGCUGGUGGCGGUACGCGGUCGUCGCUACGGCUGGCGGCUGCGGAGCGCGGUGACGCGGGGGAAUACCGCUGCCACGCCCGCAACCACUACGGCCGCGCUGACCAGCUUAUACUGUUGCAUGUUGAAGAACCGCCCGAAGCCCCCCAACGUCCGCGUCUCGGCGGCGCGGGGUCCCGCUGGGUACGCGUGUCCUGGCGCGCGCGCACGUCUCCGCAGACGCGGUACGCGGCGCUCUGCGCACCCGCUGAUACACCCGCACCGGCGGCGCUACACACGUACAAUAUGACGCUGGACACUGCACCUGGAAGAAGAUCCGACUCGGAAGAACUGGAGCUGCUGAGUGCUCGCCUGGACGGCUUGAAACCGGCUUCGGCGUACACCCUGAGGAUAGUGGCUACCAAUCACGUGGGCGAGUCACCACAUUCCGAAGCGCUGCUCUUCACGACUCUAGAGGAAGCGCCGUCCGCGUCGCCUCAGAGCAUUCGAGUGCGGCCCAUCAAUUCCGAGGAGCUGCACAUUUCGUGGUCGGCACCUGCACGUGAUACCUGGAACGGCGAGCUGCUAGGUUACGCGGUGUCGUGGCGGGAGAUGGGUCCGCCGCCUGAAGACAUCGAAGAGGAGGGGAGUGGGGAGCCUCGAGUGGGGACCGCCGUGGCCAGGGGAUGGAGCAGCGCUGAGAUGACAGUAGCUGGACUCAGACCCUGGGCCCGGUAUGCGUUAGCAGUGAGAGCGUUUAACAGAGCUGGUCCAGGCCCGCCUUCGCCUACGGCGUAUGCUACAACGGCUGAUGGAGUGCCAUCAGAAGCACCUAGCGGCGUUUCAUGUGUAGCGGCGUCCGCGCGCUCGCUGCGUGUGCGGUGGCGGGCGCCGGCGCUGCCGCAGCUGCGCGGUUACGACGUACAUUACGCUCCUGUGCACGAGGCGCCCUCAUGGAGCGGCGAAGGCGGCAGCGCAGCGGCGCGGGUAACAGGCGGGGCGACGGGCGAGGCGCUGCUGCAGGGUCUACAUGCUGCCGCCAACUACAGCGUGCGUGUACGCGCGCGCUCCGCAGCCGGCGCCGGCCCGCCCUCCCCGCCUACUUACUGCGCUACGCCUCAUGAUGUUCCCGGAGCCCCAGAGGCAAUCCGCGCCCUGCCUGCUGGGGUGGACUCCGUAAGGGUGACUUGGCUGCCUCCAGCCGACACAGGGGGGCAGCUGACCCACUACACCGUGUACACCAGGGAGCUUGGCAAAGUGGGCGGGGAAUGGACGCAGCGGGUGGAUGCGAGCGGGGAGGCUGCGGAGGAGAUGUGGCGCGACGUGCGAGGACUGAGGGAACACGCAGCGUACGAGUUGUGGGUGCGCGCCGCUAGUGCCGCUGGCGAGGGACCCCCCAGCCGCGCCGUUAGCGCCGCCCCUGCUACACCUAUUGCCGCGCGAAUAUCAUCAAUCGGUCGGUUAGUGACGGCGGCGCUAGGUGCGCGCGUGCGCCUGCGCUGCUCAGCGCUUGGAAUGCCACCCCUCGCCCGCGUCUGGUCGCCGCUGCCUCAAGCACAUACAGUUACUGAUGCGGGGGACCUUGUUAUACAUAAGCUGGACGUACAAUGGGCGAUGAACUACACGUGCGCGGUACGUAACGGCGCGGGCGCGGACGUGACGCAGUGGGCGGUGCGCGCGUUACGCACGCCCGCCGCACCCAGCCCCCGCCUCGCGCGCGCUGACUCCACCGCGCUACAUCUAGCCUGGGACCCGCCGCACGAUGGAGGCGCGCCGCUGUUGGGUUACACGGUGUGGUGGUGGCGUGCAUGGGAAUUACCAUCAAAAAGUAAAGAGAUAGCCAGCGGGGAUGAAGACGCGGCAGGGCGGCAGCGGCGCGUGGCGGGGGCGGCGCGGGGGGCGGCGCUGCGCGGGCUCGCGUGCGGCGCGCCGUACAGAGUCGCGGUGCGGGCGCACAACGCGCUUGGAGCGUCGCCGCUGUCGCCCGCACUCACGCUGCGCACACGCGGUGACAAAGCGAAAGCGCCCUCAGGCAAGGAGUGUAUAUGGGCGAACGCGACAGCACUACGGGUUUCGCUGCUAGCGUGGGGUGGGCGUUGCCCGGUCGCGCGGUGGAGCGUCGCGCUGCGGCCCGCCGGCGCCGCGCCGUGGACGCACUUGCACGCUGACGGAGACGUCGCUGAGGUAAACAACCUGGAGCCGGGCACGUGGUACGAGAUCCGCGUGGAGGCGCACUCGCCCGCCGGAGACUCGCCCGCACUCUACAAGGCCGCUACACACACGCUCAACGGAGAACGGAUCGGCGAACCCAUCGAUCUCCCACUGGAGGCGCGGCUGAGUGCUGCAGACGAGCAGGGCGAGAGCUACGCGGUGUGGUGGCGCGGUGGCGCAGCUGCGCUGGCCGGGUUGGCGUUAGCGCUUGGCGCAGCGGUCGCCACGUUAGCGGCGCGCCGGCGAACUGCGCCACAGACGUGUGCACAUCCUCUGUACGUCGCACAACCGACGCACCAUAACGGGAAAACUGUUAGCCCUCCGGAUGGUUCCCUGAACGAGAUAAGCCCGUACGCAACAUUCAGCAUGUCGGAGGCGGAAGGCGAGCGCGCGUGCGGGCUGCACGUACGAGCGGCGCGGGAGUUGCCGCUCGCCGCUCCGCCGCCGCGGCCGCGCCUGCUCGCGCAUCCUAAUGAUUACGGGUGCGCGCGCGACAGCGACUCGGAGUCGAGCGGGUCGCCGUGCGCCGCGUGUGCAGCCGAGCUGUAUCGCCUGCCUGCUGCGCACAUGUCAGAAACGUUACCAGUGGGUGCGGCAGAAUCAAGCACGGAAGAUGGAUCGUACGCAGCAGGAGCGUGCGCGGGCGCAGCGCGGCGAAGAGAGGCGCAGGGUAGACCGCGCGCGCGCCGGCGCGACCACACGCGGCCGUCGCCUACUGUCAGGUACUCGCCGCGUCGCUCGCUGCCGCGGGAGGAGCUGCGCUCAAAUCUCUUGUAAAUAUAUUUGUUCUUUAUUACGUCAAGUUU